GUGUGGGCAGGCCCAGGCCCAGGCCCAGUAUAAAGGUGUACCUCCCCGCCCAAGGUGUGCACAUCCAGGCUGCAGCUGGUUACAGCAACAUGAAUAUCUUGGCAGUGUUUCUUCUCCUCCAUUUGGCACAACCAAUUCUCGGCCAAGGUCCAGAUCAGCGGCCCAACUAUGUAAUUUUCAUGGCCGAUGAUCUCGGUAUUGGAGACCUAGGAUGUUACGGAAACACCACUCUCAGGACCCCUCAUAUUGACAGCCUGGCACAUGAUGGAGUGUUGUUGACCCAACACAUUGCUGCUGCGUCACUCUGUACCCCGAGCAGAGCUGCCUUUCUGACGGGCAGAUAUCCAGUCAGGUCAGGGAUGGCCUCCUUCAGCAGAAUCGGUGUCUUUCUCUUUACUGCUGGGUCAGGAGGACUCCCCACCAACGAGACCACCUUUGCCAAACUGUUGAAGGAACAGGGCUAUUCCACUGCCUUGAUAGGGAAGUGGCACCUUGGUUUGAAUUGUGAGGCCAGCGGCGACCACUGCCACCAUCCAGCCAACCACGGCUUUGACUACUUCUACGGCCUGCCACUGACCAACAUGCGCAACUGCAAGCCCAACAGCGGUGACAUCUUUAUGGCGGGGUCUCGGAGUGCCAUCCGCGUGGCGGUACCGCUCAUCACCCUGGCGCUCUUCACCUUGCUGCUACUGGACUACCUGGCUCUCCUGACCGUCCCCUGGAGAGUUCUCGGCUUCGUCUUGCUGGCCGCCGCUCUGCUGAUCGGCGCGGUCGUGCUCUUCCUGUCCCAGUUUCGCCAACUCAACUGCAUCCUGAUGCAGAAUGACAAGAUCAUUCAGCAGCCCUUUACGUUUGACAGCCUGACGCAGAGACUGACCAACCAGGCCACGAGCUUCAUGGAACGGAAUUUGGGCCGUCCGUUCCUGCUGUUCACAUCCUACUUACACGUCCACACGGCACUAUAUGCUUCUCAGGAGUUUUUGGGGAAAAGCAAACACGGUUUGUACGGUGACAGUGUGGAGGAGAUGGACUGGAGUGUAGGAGAAAUCCUGGCUUCAUUGGAAAGGCUGAAUCUGAGUCAGCGGACUCUGGUCUACUUCACUUCAGACCAAGGUGCCCACGUUGAAGAGAUUUCUGACGAGGGGGAGAUGCACGGAGGAUGGAACGGCAUCUACAGGGGAGGAAAAGGCACAAACUGGGAAGGUGGUAUCCGGGUUCCAGGUCUCCUCCGAUGGCCUGGAGUUCUGGCAGCGGGCAAGGAAAUCCACGGGCCGACCAGUAACAUGGACCUCUUCCCAACGAUCGCCAAGCUGGCCGGAGCCACAAUGCCAAGCGACCGGAUAAUCGACGGUCGGGACUUGAUGCCUUUGCUCCGAGAUGAAGCACUGUGGUCGGAACACGAGUUUCUCUUCCAUUAUUGUAACGGAUACUUAAGUGCUGUUCGCUGGCAUCCGAGGAAUAGCUCCGCAGUUUGGAAGGUCCACUUCUUCACCCCCAACUUCUACCCAGAAGGGUCGCAGGGUUGCUUUGACAAGCAUGUUUGUCUCUGCUACGGACGCUAUGUCAGCCACCACAGCCCACCCCUCCUGUACGACCUGCUGGGAGACCCCGGGGAGACCCGACCGCUGACCCCCGCCUCUGAACCCCGCCACCAGCGCAUCUUGGAGGUGAUCUCCUCCGCGGUGGAGGACCACCGGAGGACCCUGGGGCCAGUCCCCGAUCAGCUGUCCGUGGGUAACCUGGUGUGGAAACCCUGGCUCCAGCCCUGCUGUGGUAGCUCCUGGCAGCUCUGCCACUGUGACCACCAGGAAGGGGGCAAGAGUACCCCGCAGGACGGGUAUUCCCCAUCCCAAACCCCAGCUUGACUGCAAUCCAGAUCCACCUUGCUCCGUGAUCCAUGCCACGGUUUGCGUGCUUCCCACGGGUGUUGAGCCUCGGCCUGCUGUGUCCACCCUCGCUUCCUCCGCCACCUCUUCCAUUCCCUCCUCUCUUUCCACCACUUUCCAUUCCCCCUCUCUCCUUCCUCCUUCUCUGACCCCCUCGCUUUCUUCCCCCUCUUCCUCCACACCUCCUUUCAUUGACCAUCCGACUCCCCUUCCUCCAUCCCUCUCUUCAUCUCUCUCUACAUGCAUCUCUCUCCGUCCUUCCCCUUUCUCCCCGUCCUUCCUCUCCCU